AUGGAGAACACCACUGAACGAGCCCCAUUCCUCCUGCAGUCAUGGUUGAUUUUGGUAACUGCCGCUACAGUUUAUAGUCUGGUGUGCGUUGUUCGAGCACUUCUACACCCUCUACGGGAUAUUCCUGGUCCAGUUUUGGCUCGAUUCACCCGACUAUGGUAUUUGCGUGCGGUGAACAAGGGAAACUUUGAGAUGAAGAAUAUCCAACUUCACAGGACUCAUGGACCGGUCGUUCGUAUAGCCCCCGGGCAGUAUUCAUUGGAUGACCCUGAGGCAAUUCGCACACUGUAUUCGCAUUCCUCCGCCUUUGUCAAGGCACCAUGGUAUUUGGCCAGUUCGAAUCCCAGUCCCGAGUCACACGACUUGUUCACGGAUGUUGACCCUCGGCGCCACGCCGCGAAUCGACGAAGAGUGGCAUCCCUCUAUAGUAUGACGAGUCUGGUCCAGAUGGAGCCGUGCGUUGCCGAGUGCAAGGCCGCUUUAAUCGACCGUUUGACGGAAUUCGCAGAGUCAGGGCAGUCAUUCAACUUGCAGCAUUGGAUGCAGUUCUACGCCUUUGAUGUCAUUGGCCUGAUUACGGUCAACAAACGAUUUGGGUUUUUGGAUAGUGGGAAGGACCAGGACUCGCUCAUUUCUUCUCUCCACUCGUACCUUGUCUAUGCCUCCCACGUCGGUAUCUACCAUGGAGUACACCCGCUGUUGUCGAAGCUACUUGGUUUACUCCCCACUGGGGGCAUUGCCCACCUGGUGGCCUUUACAUUGCAGCAGAUUUCCGCCGCCCGCAAGACGUUGACAGAGAAGGCCAGCAGCGGCUCUUCUGAUCCUUUCUUGAAGAAACUGCUGGAUAUGCAGGCAAAGAGCCCUGGCAAAAUCAGCGACGCGGACAUUUUCACGACUUGCGUUACCAAUGUUGGAGCAGGUUCCGACACGACGUCGGUUUCUCUGACAGCCAUCCUGUACAAUCUCUGUAAACAUCCAAACGUCUACCACAAGCUCCGGGAAGAGAUCCGCCUAGCCGAGGCCGAAGGGAGGCUUUCGUCGCCAGAGAUCACCUUCCAACAGUCCCAAACACUACCCUAUCUUCAAGCGUGCAUCAAGGAAGCUCUGCGCUUACAUCCGGCCACUGGCCUACCUCUCGCUCGCGUUGUCCCCAAGGGCGGUGCGACGCUGUCCGGCACAUUUUUUCCUGAAGGCGAGAUUGUCGGUGUUAACGCGUGGGUUGCCCACCGGAAUCAAGCUGUGUUCGGGAGCGAUGCAGACGCUUAUCGGCCAGAAAGGUGGAUAGAGAAUCCCACCCGGCUCUCCGAAAUGGACCGUAGCUUCUUGGCUUUUGGCGGUGGGGCGCGGACGUGUAUAGGGAAGAAUAUCAGCCUGAUGGAGAUAGGCAAGCUGAUCCCACAGCUCAUCAGACGCUUUGAUUUUGAGCUCCUUGACGCGGAGGCUGAGGCAAAGACGCAGAACGUGUGGUUUGUCAAGCAGUUAGACAUCAAGUGCCGAGUACGAUUACGCCACAGGUAG